UGUCUCAGGUCAAUGAUGGACACGGAGGUGAACAGCGACAUCAUUCUCUCAGUUUACAUCAUCUCCUUCCUGAUUGGUUUCCCGUCCAACGUCCUCGCUCUCUACGCCUUCAGUGUCAAGAUCCACUCCAAGCCACGACUUACGGACAUCCUGCUCCUCAACCUGACCGUGUCCGACCUGCUCUUCUUGCUCGUUCUUCCUCUGAAGAUGCAUGAGGCGGUGUCAGACAUGUUGUGGAAUCUGCCCUCCGUCCUGUGCAGCCUCACUGCUUUUAUCUUCUACACGACCAUCUACACCAGCUCCUUGUUGCUGAUGGCAGUCAGCGUGGUGCGCUACAUUGGAGUCAUGUUCCCCAUCGAAUAUCAUCUGCUGCAAAGACCUUUGUAUGCAAUCAUGAUCAGUGCUGUUAUUUGGAUCAUUGCAGGAGCACAUUGCAGCAUCAGCAUCAUUGUCCAGGAGCAUCCAGACUUAGCUGCUAACACCACCCUUCUUAACGACAGUAUCUGCUUUAGGGAAUUCUCAGAGAAGCAGCUCCAGAUUCUCCUCCCGGUGCGUGUUGAAGUUUUCUUCGUGCUCUGCCUCGUGCCUCUUCUAGUUUGUAUUUACUGCUACUUGCACUGCAUCUGGAUCCUGUACAGACGCCCCAGAGUUCCUCAGAACCAGAAGCGGAAGGCGAUCGGCAUGGCCCUGGGAACUCUAGCUGUGUUUCUCGUGUGUGUGAUUCCAUACAACGUCUCUCACUUGGUGGGUUUCUUUCAGGUCCUCAGCCCACCAUGGAGAGACUACGCGUUGCUUCUCUGUGUCUUCAACACCUGCAUUGAUCCCAUAAUCUUCUACUUUUCUUCUUCAGCUUUCCGCUGCAUGGGUGAAAAGUCCAUUUUCAGGAAGCGUGGACUCAAUCGAUUUAAAAUGCAGGGAACAAGCUCAAGCUAAAGAUACCCCAUAAUAAUCAUAUAGGAUAGAAUAGAAUAGACUAGAAUAGCCUUUGUCAUUGUGAUGCAUACAAGGAAAUUAGAGUGCAACUCCUUUGGUGAAUAAGAAACAAUUUAAGGACAAUUAAAACAAUAAAAAAAACGAAU